UGAAUGUACAAUUCUGGAGUUACCUGUUCAAUUGUUUUUUCCCUGUUAAAAAAUGCAACUCAACCUUUUUCUUUUAUAAGAAUAUAAAGUUAUAUUUACCAGCAUUUAAUAUUUCUCUCAGCAUUUGCAUAACAAGUGUGUAAGCAAAACUAAGAAUGCUCAUUUGUGCCCUGAUUAUCCAAUCUCCACUUCAGCACAGCGUGGUUGAACAAGAACCACACUAUAUAAAGAGGCCUUGUGAGAACUCCUCAUUUUCACUUUGAAGCAGAAAGCUUCCCUAAGCAGCCAUGUUGUCUUACUCAUUCUGCGUGUUUGCAGCAGCAGUUGCUUUGCUAAUGCCUUGUCAUGCACAGAACUGCGCAGGAGCUCCUGAGCUACCCAGUAUCCCUGGAGUUAGCAGACUGCCUGGUCUGGGAGGUCUCAAUAGAUACUUUGGAAGCCUAUUGUGGCCUUCCAGAAAAGAGAAGCUUCCUGAACGUCAUUGGUUACAAGGACAACAAGGUCUAUCUACUUCUUUUGACGCUGAACUCCACAAUGUUUUGCUGAAUCUAAGACAACGAUUUCUCCAACUUGAAGGAGUGCUUGCUUUGAAUGGGAAGAUAACAACAGUAGGAGAGAAAAUAUUUGCCAGCAAUGGGAAGGAAGUCAAUUUUUCAUCUGCACUAGAAUCCUGUGAAGAGACUGGAGGAACUCUUGCAACUCCCAUGAAUGAGGAGGAGAAUAAAGCUAUUAUGGGUAUUGUGAAACAGUAUAACCGAUACGCUUACUUGGGCAUUAAAGAGAGUGACACUGCAGGUCAAUUUAAGUACAUGAAUGGCACACCUCUGAAUUAUACCAACUGGCAACAGUCUGAACCUAAUGGCAAAGGGACAGAACGAUGUGUAGAGAUGUACACUGAUGGAAACUGGAAAGACAGAAAAUGCAACCUGUAUCGCCUCACAAUCUGUCAGUAUUAGAGAAUGACCUUCCAGGCACCCGAGAACGUGGAGAUCAUGAAAUACCCAGUGCUUCAUUCAGACUGAUGCAAUUUCUGCAAGUAUUCUAUGUCAGAAAAUCUAAAAUGAAUCAUAUUACUAUAUAUUUUUGUGCUUAAGAAAAUGCCAAAUGCAGAAAGUGAUUGAUUAACUCAAUUAAAAUGUACUUAAUCUGA